AUGGAACCAUUCCCGCAACCAAGUGGGCAACCCAGUCCAACUGCGGUUCGACGGCUUCAGCGCGACUUUCAGAGGCUGUUGAGCGAACCUAUAGAUGGAAUUAUUGCUGUACCGAAUGAGUCAAACAUCUUAGAAUGGCAUUACGUCAUUAGAGGGUCACCAGACACUCCCUAUGAAGGUGGUUAUUACUACGGCAAACUGGUUUUCCAACCAGACUUUCCUUGGAAACCUCCUGCAAUCUGCAUGCUUACCCCAAAUGGAAGGUUCGAAACCAACACUCGCCUCUGUUUGUCCAUAUCGGAUUUCCAUCCUGAAUCAUGGAAUCCUGGAUGGACAGUUUCAGCUAUUUUGGUAGGUCUCCAUAGCUUCAUGAACGAAGAUACUUACGCUGCCGGUGUUCGUAACGAUUCCGCUCCAACGCGUCGCAAGUACGCAGCCGACAGCAAAGCCUGGAAUCUUGCGUGCCCUGGUUUCAAGCAAAUGUUUCCACAUAUAUAUGAAGAACUUGACGAAAAAAAUAUGGAGUGGUCCGCCCAGAACUGCACGUAAACGAAGAGCUGAGGCGACUGUGGACGAACAUAGAGCUCAUCAUCGGCCGCCUGUUUCACAGAAUAAACAGAUUGAAUUGAUUGAAUUGUCAGAUGGGGAUUAACAAACGGGAAAUUUCUUUCGUAAUGGGUUAUGAGGAACGUCUGGCUAUAAUUUUCUCAAUUUUACGAAUGAGAGGUGUGCAAGCGAUACCCAGCCAGCCGUCCGGUGCCGUAUCCAGCCGCCAGAGCUGGCACCAGUGCAGCGGCGAAGCUACCUAAGUGCGCUCUCGUCGUCCACAACUUCAUGCCGAGAGGUUUUCGCAGCAGCUUCAUACUUCAUCGAGUGAAGUGUGAGAAUUCCCUCAGAGGUCGCGCGACUACCACAAAUUAUAUAUCGAUCAAGACCGCAGAAAAUUUGCAUUUUAUUUGUAAAUUGCAUAAAAAGUAUACAAAAACAAGAAAAACUAAAAGUAUAAAAUAACUGGAAUAAUUACAGUAUUGGAUUUAAGAG